GGUGGAGAUGAGCCAUUGAAGCCGUUCCUUUGAAUUCAUGUCUGCUCCAAUGUUGGCUCGCCCGCUCUGAUAGUCAGCCUCUCACCCUUCGCAUCGAUCGGAUCUACUUUUCAUGCCAUUUCUUUAUGUAUAAGCCUGUCAGGUGCAAAGCUGUACCAGGUUACAGGAAACUUUCACAGGCAGAUUUUCGACUUCUCGAGAUUCUUCAGUCCGAGAGUAGGCGGUGGGAAACAGUGGUUGGCGUGUUACUUGAAAACGAAUGGCCCACUUUCAAGUUAGAUACGCCGCAAUUGAGAACCUUGGAAUGUAGCUGGUUAGGUCUUCAUAAAUUCAAUGCAUCAAAUCUCCGUCGGCUACACAUCCUGAGUGAGUCGGGGGGGAUCACUACUAGUCCUAUUCCUACCUACAAAAAUUUACGACAUCUUCAUCUUCAAUACGCUUCCCCAAACAUCGUCCGUUCCAUUUCAGUGAUCUUCCCUUUUCUGGAGACCAUCAUAGUGGCGAAUGUAUUUAGCGGUCAUGACGACGCUGGAAGCCAUUUGGUCACCCAUUCUUGCCUUGAAUCAUUGACUCUCCCUCUACCCUCGGAUCUCAAUUAUUCGCACUGGUUUACCGAAAUAUUUGUCGGCCUUCAUCUUCCUGUGUUGCGGAAAUUAACACUGGUAGGAUGCCCAACCAAAUCGGGGGUUGAUCGUAUCAUGGCUUGGUUAGAAGUUACAGCGACUUGCAACUUGCAGGUGAUAGACUUUCAGACGGCCAUGCCGCAGGAUGAAGUCGAUGUGGAUGUGGUUGAGCCGUUGCUUUCAGUUGUGAGGGAGAUUUCGGUCUGCUACUCCGAUGUCGUGCCCCGCACAAUUAGUUGUGCACACCUUGCAUGCCCUACUACUUUGAAACAGCAUGGGCACUUGUUGCGGUCAGCUACAAGAAAGAAAAAACGUCAAAAGGAGGAGACAGAGAAACUCUCAUCGCAUGACACCGGCCCUACACAGAGGGAUGCAGAACAGGAAAUAUCAACAGGAAAAAAGCGCAGAAAAAUAGCACGAGGUAGAUGCAUACUGUAGGGACUGUAGAGAUGACGAGAGCCAUCUGCAAUGUGUAUAACCUGGAAGGCGCUUAAGGAUUCUUAUUACACCCACCAAUCACCCCUCGUCGAGAACUGUUGUAAGUCAGAUGGAGACAGAAUAUAAUUUAAUUGCAAAUUCAGUUAUUAGCUUUCUUUCCAGUUUCGUUAUUGUUUAUCGCCAACUCGGGUGCAGCACAGAUGCGCUUUAUAGUUUUCCAAGGAGUUCUUCGUGAUACUUCUUCACCUCAUCUACGAAGUCGGACUUCGCGGGCCACCCGAUAACGAGUCCCUCCUCGUCUGAGGCAUCAGGUUUGGGAAUGACGUGGAAGUGUACGUGGUCGACAACCUAAACGCGCAAACCAAUGUUAGUCAAUGCUGU